AUGUCAAUAGACACCCGAUCUAACCGUGGUAACGAACAAGGUGCAAUUCGGUUGCGGAAAGAUGUAGUUGACGCACGUGCCAAAGCUCGGGAGAAAGAGCAUGCCCAAUCGCACGCUAAAUAUGCCGAAUUCCCCUCCCUGAAAGACUACCAUCGAAAGCUUGAGAAAAAAGACAUCGAAGACCUAGAUCAUUUGGGAAAGGAGAUGAAGGAUGCGGACCAACAGUGGCAGGCUUCGGCAGAGGCAUUUGCUGCUACUCUGCUUCAAGCUUGUACUGAGCUGCAACAGAAAGACAAGGAUCGUCGCCUCGUUGCUCCUAGUACUUCGGACGGACUCGAGGCACGACUCACUUCACGCCUCGAUGCGCUCGAGAGCAAACAUAAAGAAACAGCUGCAAAGCAGCAGAAACAGAUGGAGGAACUUCGUAAAACCCUCUCAGUUGAGAGUGAUAAGCGAAAUGCUCUUGGCAUCGAGAACGAGACGCUGAAAAAGAAGGUUCAAGAGCUUCAGGACCAUUGCCAGUCUCUGAGUUCCAGGGCCGAUGAUCACGACGCAUCCAUCAAGCAGCUGCAAGAGCCAAAGCCAGAUGUCGCGCCGCCUCGUGCACCACCAAGGGAGAAUGGCGUUACAUCGGAGGAACUGAAGGCAAUCAAGACGCUCAUGGCCCAGCACGAAGAUCUAAUAAUGUUCUUAAAGCUUCAAGUAUCUGAGCACGACAACAAGCUCGGUGAGAUGGAUAUCGACCUGAUCAGCGACAGUUGUGGUGCCAUUGCGACAACGCUGCCAAGACUGGAACAGAAUGUCAAGAAGACUGCUGAUGAUGUGACUACACUUCAGUCAAAACACAUGAUGCUCGGAUUGGAUGCAGAGGUCAUUCGAUCCAGUGUCCAGCAGUUGCGGUCUAACAUUGAACAAGGUAUUCAGCAGCAACGUUCCGACAUCAACGAGAUCCAGGCAGGCACUGAGCAGCUUAAAUCCGAGACUGCCCAACUGAGGUCCGGAGUAGAGUCCCUCAGAACUCAAAUGAAGUCGGAAACAGAAUGCUUUAAGAAAGACGCUCUCAAUAUCAAGUCUGACACUGAGCACCUGAAGACAGGAGCCCAGCAGUUGAGAUCCGACACUGACCAUGUCAAGAAAAAUGUUGAGAAAAUUGAAUCUGUCAUCGAAUACAUCAAGACAGAGGCUCAGCAAUUAAAGUCAGAAAUGACUCAGUUCCAGUCCAACAUGGAGAAACGUGCUGCGGAUAUACCACGUCCACCAGACGGCGACAAGUUCCUGGCAGUCAGAACCUUUACGACCAUGAACGCCACUGUUUUCAAGACAUUUAGUACCUGGAUCGAGGAUGUAAAGAAGCGAAUCGACGUUGUUGAGCGCCAAAUGCCAUCGCUACGGACGGACGCGGUUGCCUGGACUCACGUAAAGACGCUCGAGAAAGGAUCAGACCAGAAAUCGAGUCGUAGUACUGAAAACAGCCGCCUGUCGACCCCAACUAAUGACUUGAAGGUCGAUCAAUACGAAGGAAAGUUGAAGGACUACGAUACACGGAUCAAGGUACUUGAGGCUGUCUCGAGGCAGAGUCCACGUUGUUUGGAACAUGAUGCUUCAGAGCCAACCAAGACUGCGGAUGUAGCAGCCAAAAGGUGUGCACCCGAUGAUUCGGCCUCCAUCAAGCUUACCAUCGACGCAUUGAAGGAGCAGUUGUCGAUGAUCGAUCAAAGCAUCAAGGCAAUCUCUGAGUCGGCCAAGUUAACGAGCGAAAGCCAGGCUAGAGACUCUCAAAGACUCCAGUCACUGGAAAGCCAAGCAUACGAUUUCCGGGCGGAUCACCAGCGCUUGGACGACUUUGAGCAACGAUUCGCGACGACAGAGGAAAGGGUGAAGGCUUCCGAAGACAGGAUGGAUUUUGUGCAGCAUAACAUCAUGAAUGUGGACGCGCAAAUUAACAACUUGACGACGGAGAGCCUUUACCAGGCCAUUCUGCAGCACAUUGACAGAUACCAUCCUACGGAAGCCGCAGUUGGACCCAAGGUAGACCAGAUGGCCAGGCAGGUGACAGCCUAUGAGCAGAGACUGCUCUUCUUGGAGAGGCAGAUGACGUUGGGCGAUGAGCCUGCGAAUAAGAAACGGAGACUGAGCUCUCAAUACGGGCCGCUAGCAGUGACCAAUGGAAGGCAUUGA